AUGCCAACCCAUGCACCUGCUACGCCGUUUGGUCCUCACACCUCCGAAAUAGCUAUCACUCAACCCAAUGUCGCGUGCCCUGCUCCAUUGACACCACCUCCGGAGAAUGACGGAAAUGAGACCUCGAGGCGUCUAGUGACGCCGCAGACACUCAAUAGCGGGCAUGUUUUCAACCGGCGACAAGUCGGCGACAACACCGCUGCCGGUAUGGCCCAGAUGCAAGAAGAGACUUUGUAUACCACCCCGCCAAGUUUCGAUGAGAAAAUCCACGCGGACGGCACCAGCGCGACAUCUAUGAUAGAUGGUGUUGAUGAUGACAUGAGCCUAAGUGAGCGCAUUGAGGACGACGGCGAUCGGGAAACAGACGGAUUUGAUGCGACAUCGGGCACACCCAUCGUAUCGCAAGGCAAUGCCCGUCAAGUGUUGUCUGAGAUGAGAGCCACAGAGGAUGAGACAGGACCAGUAUGCGGCAAGAGUGGCCUGGGCACAUCAUCGCCUCCGCUGAUCUCGUCCGCGAACAAUCGAACUGGAGGCUUUCCUCGAGCUGGGGAAACCCCCGGCAGGCCAGCGAUUGAUCAAGAACUAGACUGGUCGAAUAACGAUUUGAAGGAAUGGGACUUUUCUCAUCGGCAACUUCGACCGCAAUAUCCAUCGGCCACAUUCCAACCGUAUUCCAAGUUCAAAGGCACGCAACAGUCAGACCGACAGAUUUACAAUGUGGAAGUGACCAUUUUGACCGUGGACAUUGAACAAUGCAGCAUGUCGGGAUACCUUCAGAUAUGCGGCCUGACACCAGAUCAUCCCACAUUGACCACCUUCUUCACCGGCGAGAUCAUCGGCGGCCCAAACCAGAAGUAUAGCUUCAGGACCCGGGAUCCCGCAUGGGGCGCGAGCGACAAGACGGACCUGACGCACUGGGCUCGGUUUCCUGCAUGGAGACCACUCAGUUUGCACGCGAAGCGCAACAUCAACUUUGUCUAUCCCAUGAACCACGAGAACUGGUGGCAACAAGACUACAUCUUCAUGAGAUGGAAGGAGCACUUUCUGGUCCCCGACUACAAGUUGAAAUCCAUCCAGGGAGCCAGUUUCGAAGGGUUCUACUACAUCUGUUUUAAUCAGAUUGAGGGGAGAGUCAUAACAUCGCAGACGGCGAUCAAUGGUGCAUCCCACGAUCCCGACUCGCGCAACUUCGGGGCCCCUUCAGGUCUGUCGAUCCAUCCGAGUGAGACCUCGAGAUCGGCACUCUCCACGCCCCGAGACUCAGUCAACCACAACGCCAGGUCGCGGCAGAACCGACCCUUGUCUCUAGCAGAUCAUUAUAACCUGCCUCUGCAGCCGCCGAAGCCGUGGAAGAGCAAAGACAGGACGUGGACAUACACCCAGUUGCAGCGAGAGAGGUAUGAGUUCUUCGAGACCAGAGUCACAGGGAUCCCCGAAAUCUGGCAUGGCUUGAAGCAGGUGAUUGAAUGUCUGCACGAAGGUGAUCUGGCCGACGCCCAGGGGAUCCUCGAUGCCCUCUCGGUGACACUCCCCACGGGGAAACUCGAGGAGGGGGCAUAUGAUGAGCACGGAAACCUGUACAAGAUACCCCAAGCCGUCAUCUCAGACCCCAUCGACGUGAUCGAGGACCACACAGACAUGGACUCCCAGACCGUCAACGGGACUAACGAUAUCGACCCCAUUGCAGCCAAGCUAGAGGCAGCAGAGGGUGGCGGCAAUCUAGACGGCAACAAGGACGGAUCCAACGAAGAAAAGGUCAAGGAAGCAAAGGGCAAAGCACCCGUGCCAAAGGACGCUGUUAAAGUUAGAUGCCGGCUUAGCGAUCGCGGAGACCCUGAUGUGGUUGUUCUGUUGGGUAAAAGCCAGAGGGUGAGCGCACUGGUUCAGAGGAUCCGGGACGAAACAGACGUUCCCAGCAAAGCCAAGAUACGCAUCGCAUAUCUGGGCAAGAUUUUGGACGAAAAGCUGACCUUGGAAGAACAAGGCUGGAAGGAAGGCCAUGUGGUCAAUGCUCUUGUGGUGGGGGUAUACAGUUGA